AUGGAGAAGGGCUCCAAGACGACGCUGACCCCCGUGUCCAGGAACACGAGACUGACCCUUGUCCUUGCUCUGGUGACAUUGAUCGCUGCCUUUGGAUCGUCUUUCCAGUAUGGAUACAACGUUUCGGUGAUCAAUUCUCCGUAUCUGCUCAUGCAAGAUUUUUACAAUGAAACCUACAUGGAAAGGAAUGGGAAAUACAUGGACGAAGACUUAAUGACCCUCCUCUGGUCUCUCACGGUGUCGUUCUUCCCGCUCGGCGGCUUCUUCGGGUCACUUCUGGUGGGACCCAUGGUGAACAAGUUUGGCAGGAAAGGCACCUUACUGAUCAACAAUAUCUUCUCCAUCAUUCCUGCCAUCCUCAUGGGAAGCGCCCGGGCGGCAAAGACCUUUGAGGUGAUCAUUGCUUGCCGCAUCAUCAUCGGUAUCUGCGCAGGCCUCUCUUCCAAUGUUGUUCCCAUGUAUCUUGGAGAGAUGUCUCCCAAAAACUUGAGGGGAGCCUCAGGGGUGGUACCACAGCUCUUCAUCACCAUCGGGAUCCUGGCCGCCCAGAUUUUGGGUAUGCGGAUGAUCCUGGGAAACUUCGAAGGCUGGCCAAUACUGUUGGGUCUCACUGGGGUGCCAGCCGCACUGCAACUUGUCCUGCUCCCAUUUUUCCCGGAGAGCCCCCGAUAUCUGCUGAUCCAGAAAGGAGACGAAGCCGGUGCCAGGAAAGCUCUGAAGAGGCUGCGAGGCUGGGAGGAUGUGGAUGACGAGAUAGAAGAGAUGCGGCAAGAAGACCAGGCGGAGAAAGCCGAGGGGCGCAUGUCUGUGAUCACGCUUUUCACAUACCAGGGUCUCCGGUGGCAACUUAUCUCCAUCAUCGUGAUGAUGAUGGGACAACAGCUCUCCGGCGUGAAUGGGGUUUACUACUAUGCGGACAAAAUCUACAAGAGCGCUGGGGUGGAGGAGAACAACGUUCAGUUUGUCACCGUAGGGACAGGGGCUGUCAACGUCGUCAUGACUUUUCUAGCGGUUUUUAUUGUCGAAUCUUUGGGCCGGAGAAUUUUGUUGCUGGUUGGUUUCGGGAUCUGCUGCGUGGCCUGCGCUAUAUUGACCGUCGCUCUGAAUCUCAAGGCUAUAUCUUGGAUGCCGUACCUCAGCAUUGCCUGCGUCAUCUCCUAUGUCAUUGGGCAUGCCGUUGGAGCAAGUGCCAUUCCAAGCGUGAUGAUCAUAGAGAUGUUCCUGCAGUCAUCCCGCCCCGCAGCGUUCAUGGUGGGAGGGUCGGUUCACUGGCUCUCCAAUUUCACCGUCGGGCUGGUCUUCAAUUACAUGGAGAAAGGACUCGGGCCUUAUUCGUUCCUGAUCUUCUGUGGCGUUUGCUUGGUCACUGUGAUUUACAUCUUCAUCGUCGUCCCUGAAACCAAGAACAAAACCUUUGUGGAGAUCAACCAAAGCAUGGCCAAGAGGAACGGCAUCGAGGUGGCCAACAAAGAGGAGCUCACGGAUUUCACUGCCAUCUCUGUGCCUUACAGCAAGAAGGUGGAAGUGGAGAGGAACAGCACGCUUUGAGGUGCUCUGACCCAGGAUCAGUUGCCCUCCAACCUUUCCCUUGGUUUGGGACCAAGUAAGCUCCAGAUGGGGCAUGCCAAUGCCAGGACUUUUCCCCACGUUGUUGUGGGGUCAGGUGUAAAUAAAUCCAUGCUGCUGUGCAUAGUUUUUUUAAAAGUGGCCCUUCCUUAAUCUUUUCCAGUCCUAAGGACAAAAAUGUGCCCCUAAAGUCCGAUCCGCUAGAGUACAUUUUGCAGUCUUUGAGUGCCUCGCUUAUGGAAAUAUACCUGCUCUCCAACCAUCCUGAUUCAAGAGGGACAGCCCUGGUUAAUCCUCUUCUGUCCCACUUUCUCAGUUGCUUUUAAAAUGUCCUCGUUCCUCUUGCUUCCUUCCACUUUCCCCCUUCAUCCUUUGCCUACUUCAGGUGCUUCAAUGUCCAGAAGUAGUUAACUCAGCAGGAGGGAAAAGGAAAGGUAAGGAUGGGGACCAUGCCCUUCCUAAACUCAGUAUAUAAAUUCCAAAGCUUUUCUGCCUACAAACAUUAGUCUUCUGAUGCAACUUGGCCAUGUGUGUCUCAGAUUUCACUGUGAAACACUGGAGGUUAAGAAGAUAUUCAGCAAACCAGGAGACCUUUCCAAAGAGCAACUGUGAAGCUUAUCUCCAUUUCCAAAAUGCUGCUCAGUCCAAAAGCAAUAGGCAAAAGAGGAGGAUGUAAAAUUCAAGAAGCUGUCCCAUGUCACUGAAUGUAAGUUGCUCAUGUUCUUUAAGUACCCCAUCCUUCCUGAGGUCCGCUGUACAACUGGAACUACUAUAUGCACCAGAAAAUGUUACCCACCACAACAUACAACUUUUGCUUAACCUGGGACCUUAGGCAAGGCGAGCGGAUGGCUCUUUUGUUUCCACGCUCUUCAGAUGGAAGCGUAAAACCAUCUGAACCUUGAAAAACUGGUGGGAGAAUCUGGUGCAUGGAUUCGGGGAGAACACUGCUGUCAUUUGAUCUUGAUUUUAGAAACUUAGCCCACACUGUGAGCCUCCAAGCAACAAUUAGGAUUCAGUCCAUUGCCAAUGUGCCUUGAGAUGUGAAGGACUUCUCUAUCGAAAUGACAUUUAUAAAAGCAGAGUCAUGAUAUUUGAAUGGUUUCCCGCGUCAUGCGGAAAUUGGAGAUACAGUAUAAGAACUUGGGCUGGGUUUUUGUUCCCUUCAUUUAACAUAGUUCGGAGGCCCUUCCUUUCCUGUGCCAAAGGCAUCCCUUUAUUUAGGAGGCUUGUGGCAACAUUUCCAUUCCACCGAAGGAGGCCUGCAAAUGGAAAUCAAGGAAACUCGAUCUGUCCAGUGACUCCUGGGAUCUCUUGCCACCCGGGCUGAAAAAAGACUUGAUGGAGUUGCUAACAGGACUUCAAGUCAUAUGAUCAACCCAGAAUAACCUUGAAUAUCUUGUUGGUGUUUCUUUUGCGGUGGUACCUGUCACCAAGAUGUAACUCUUAGGGUGCUCAAGGUUGCAGACAUAUGCAUAAGUUGCAUAAGUUGAAUAGCAGCCUCCACUUCAGAGAUCCCUUCAAACUUUCUUCUGGAGCCACCAGAAAACUUGAGACUUAGUGUUGUAACGGAGAAUGUAUUGCCUUCUGGAUUUAUUGGACUGAAGCUUGCAUCAUCCUGGACCAUUGGCAGGGCUGAUGGGAGUUGCAGUCUAACAAAAUUUGGAAGGAACUGGCAGCAUGAACUUUCGUAGCUUUCCACGAACGAACACUCAUGCUGCCAAAUUCUGUCUUUCAGUUAGUCUCAAAAGGUGCUACAAGAUCGCUUUACACACUGGUUUUACAGACUAAGAUGGCUAUAUCUUUAUCUGCAAUUACAGAUGUGCAACCUCAAGUAACUGUUCUGUGUUCAGCAAUACUAUAUAUUCAUGGUCUGUUAGUGCCACAUUUGUAAAUGCCCUCCCAAACCCACCUUAACAGCCAACAACUGCACCAAGAAAUGGAGAUCUAUUCAACUGUUCAUUAGAUGCCAAGGUGCUGGCAAUGCCAUCCUCCUGUGCCCCAAUUCACAGCUGAAUGGACCCUCAUCACAUAAUAUGGCAGUCAUCUUUUUAUCCAUGGUUUCAGAGGGAUGGAGGACAUAACUGUGAAAAUAGAUUGUUGCCAUUAGACCUCUCCUGCAUUAUAAUAAUGAAUGUAUGGACCUAUUUAACAUGGUUGCAUCCGUACUACAGAAAUAAUCCAUGCUGGCACCCCUUUUACUGCUAUGGCUCCACUGCUAUGGAAAUUGUAGUUUGGUGAGACAUUGAGCCUUCUCUGUCAGAGAGCCCUGGUCCAAACUACAAUUCCCAGGAUUCCAUAACAUUGACCCGUAACAGUUAAAGUGGUGUGAAACUGGAUUAUUUCUGCAGUCCAGAUGCAGCGCUUGUGUGUCCAAGUGGCAAGUCUAAACUAUCAGUUUUGGUUAUAGGUUUGCAUUAGCUUGCCUCCCUGCCCCAUUUUUGCUGCCUGUUUGGUCUUUAUAACACCAGAUAUAUAUCUUUAUUAUCCGAUCACUGACCUGACCUUAAUUUCCAAAUGUUAAUGAUUGAUCUGAGUUUCUAAGUGAGUGUUUUGGAUUUUGUUUUAAAAGAAGGGCAGCAAUAAAACAGUACUCGUUGGUGAAAGAGUGGAAAGAGAAUAAUGUACAUAUCUCGAAGUGUAUGUUUUUUUUUUCUUUCCUUUUCUUGGUUUGUUUUUCCAGAGAGGAAUAUAUUUUGUAUAAGGGAUCACUGUGAAUUUGUUUUGUAAAGUAGGAAAAAUUAAAAAAACUAUU